CCAGCAAGAAAAGAUAAAAAACCGACGGAAAAAAAAAAAAAAAAAUUUCACAAAAAAAGAAAAAAUAAAAUCAAAAUGCGGGUUUCAAUCUUCGAGGUUACUGUAAUGCAAAAACUCAGCUUGCUAGUAUUCAUUCUAUGCAUCUUGAUUUCUUUCAAGAACCAAAAUGCAGAUACCAAGAAAUCCUUCAACUCCAUAAACCCAAAUCCUUCUUCUUUUACACUACCGUCGGGUUCUUCUCCUGCCUUUUCAGCAUCUCGAGCUACACUCUUGUCCAUGGAGGACGAGAAUCUUGACCAUUCUUUUCAUGCUCUAGAGUACGACUUCUAUCGGGAUUCGUGCCCCAACGCUGAGGAGACUAUUCGAGCUGUCGUUCGGUAUCUCUUCGAAGUCCGCUCUGAUGUUGCUCCCGCUUUGCUCCGCCUUGUUUUCCAUGAUUGUUUCAUUGAGGGAUGUGAUGCUUCAAUUUUACUGGAUGCUGCUGAAGGAAUUGACUCGGAGAAAGAUUCUCCUCCGAAUGAUAAUCUAAAGGGUUUUGAUAUCAUUGACAUAAUCAAGGAAGAGCUAGAAGAAAUAUGCCCUGGUGUUGUUUCUUGUGCUGACACACUUGUUUUGGCAGCAAGAGAAGCUGUUGUUCUGGCCAGUGGUCCAUUCUAUCCACUGUAUACUGGUAGGAGAGACAGUUUGAUUGCUUUCUCAGAUGUUGCAACAUUUGAGCUUCCUUCACCCCAGGCAGAUCUGUCAGAAACCCUGGCAGCUUUCGGCUCAAGGGGCUUUGAUUUGAGAGAAACUGUUAGUCUCUUGGGUUCUCACAGCAUUGGAGUAAUCCACUGUAAAUUCUUCCAAGACCGUCUCUACAACUUUGGCAGGACUAACAAGCCUGAUCCAUCUGUAGAUCCUGAUUUCCUCAACCUACUGAGAUCAUGGUGCAGGAACACUUCAUCGGCUUCAUCAGCUCCCUCACCUUCCCCUGUUGGCUCACCAUCAACAUCAGUGGCGCCAUCACCUCACUUUGUUGGUUCACCAUCUCCACUGCAAGCACAGGCACCUAUUUCUGGUAGCUCACCGUUAUCAUCAGCAGCGUCAUCAUCUCACAUGGGUGACACACCAGCACCAUUAGUAGUGCCAUCAUCUCACCUUGAUAGCUCACGCGACAUGGAUGACACACCAGUACCAUCAGUAGUGCCAUCAUCUCACCUUGAUAGCUCACCAUUAUCAUCAGCAGUGUCAUCACCUCACCAAGGUGGUUCACCAUUAUCAUCAGCGGCAUCAUUAUUCUCGUUAAGAGAAUCAUCUUCUUCGUCACGUGAAGGUCCUGGAAUAGAUGUGGCUCAGGAUGGAACCACGGCAGGUUUUGGCGUAGCUUACUAUCGAAAUCUUUUGCAAGGUAAAGGAAUCCUUUAUUCUGAUCAGCAGCUAAUGGCUGGUGAUGAAACUAGGAUUUGGGCGACAGCAUAUGCUUCAGAUGUCUCCUUGUUUCGCAAAGAUUUUGCCUUGGCAAUGAUGAAGCUCUCAAACCUCCGAGUCUUGACGGCACCAAUGGGACAAAUCCGUCUCAAUUGUUCAAAAGUGGCAUGAAUAGACAGAGAUUAAUAAGGAGCUGCAAGGAAUGUUCAGCCUUCCACGACAGAUUUUUGGGUGCUUCAGUGGGCUACAUUUCACCUGUAACAUUUGACAUCUAUGCAAUAGUUUUAUAUGUUUAAAACAUUAGUUUUCUGUUGUUUCCUUUGAGGCAUUGCAUCUGGAAUAUCGAAACUAGUUGUUUAAUCUGCUUCAUACUAACGCUAUAAGUGGUAGUAAAUUUUCUGACAAAUU